CUGCACCAAGUACCUGGCAGGACCUUAAAGACCGCCGUCAUCCCCAGCUGUAAGUGCACGUUAAGGUACAUUCGGCUUGGAGGUUAAAAAUUGACUAAAGUGUAGGGCACUGUUUGGCAGUCAGUCGUAUUUUCUUUCUAGAUAGUCGGUACUGCUCAUACAGGAUGUCAACCAGCAAUCGUAAAUUAUUGACUACAAGAUUUUGAGAAAUAAUUAUUUCUCAAUCACUUUAUUAAUAAAGUGAUUUCGAGGAUAUGGGAUAUGCACGAUAGUUGCAUCAAAUUUCGUUGUACUUCCAUCUAACUCUACUUCCGUACCUACUGGUGGUUAAGGUUUAACUUGGCCUGCAGAACUAGGUUAUUUACUUGGUAUUCACUGUACACUUCCCUUCCAUUCUAAGGGACUAGAUACAUAUAUGCAUAACAGGACAACAAGCAUACCGAUAUGCGUUUACUGAAUGAAAAUAUAUAAUGAGUACCAACACACGCUUCGUUUGUGUCGUCUCUUGUAUUUGCUUUUUACUGAAAGACAUAGAGUUAGAUGUAACUAUUGUGCAUAUCCCAUAUUCUUCAAUAUAUCUGCUCAAGAUCAGUUUACAUCUCAAAAACUUACGGCCUACCACGUGCGAACUCUGGUUGAUAUCCUGUACGAGUAGUACCGGUGGUCUAAAAAGAAAUUCCACUUGUUUGUGAAGCAGUCACACUUCAGUAAACUUCAACCAUUUGUUGAAGCAGACUGUAUUGAACUGCGAGUAAAUGGCGUGCCGUCAAUUUUCUGUAGCAAAGUACAGUCAGUAGCUGAGUGAAUAUUCGUGGCUUGCGUCUUCGGAGAUUUUACUUAGGUUGUUGAGCACAAUGGCGCGUUCACUAACCUGUGAAUCAGGGUUUUUCGUUAGUUUUCGAUGCAAACCAAGGGCCUUAGCUGCGUUGACAACGCAACUCUGAGUGCUCCCCCCUUAAUAACAAUUGCCCAUACCGCAAAUGGCUUGUCUGAAAAGCACGACAGAAGGGUCACAAUAAACGAGGUGGUCCAGGUACUGUUCAUAUGAAUGUGAUGGAUCUAUCUCUGUGAACGAACUUCACAUAAAUGAAUAAAUCAUAAACCUGUACCUCAAUUUUCGGACCUCAAAUAUGUAUUUUGCUUGUUUUUGUAAUAUAUCUUUCUCAAAUUCCAGACUUCGUCUUCUUUUUCCAAGAUGAUACUUCCAUCGUCUUUACCCAAGCGUAAAAAAGCUGAAAAAGAUUUAUUUCAAAACUCAAACACCGUAGAACCGGAUGAGUUCAUAUGCAAGUUAGUGAAAUCUUGUGGUAACUAUAUGUUUUCUUCGCUGACGGAGCAAGGUGAAGAAGUUUUCAUAUCCAUUCCAGAACGUUAUCGCAAUGCAUUCUAUUUUACGCAAGGUGACUUUGUUAUUUGUUCCCCGCUGAAUAAUAAGAAAGUCAAAGGUGAAAUUCGUGCUAUAUUACAAAAGGAUGAUAUCAAGUCGUUGAUGAAUUCUGGGCGAUGGCCAGAAAUCUUCUCCGUUAACAUUUCAAGUGAUACCUCGAAAAAGGAUGAGAAUUACAUCUCAGAAGAUAUGCUGCCUUCAUGCUCCGAUACUUCAGAUUCUGAGGAUGAAUUUACCAAUAAUGGUAAAAAUACUGGUUAAAAAUACACAAUUUUGUAUACAUUCGUGUUUUUUAUUUGAAAUAGUGAAGUGCGAUACACUUUCAGAUGGUAGACAACUAGGGUAUGCUACUGUAAUUUUGUUCGGUUUUUAGUUUUAUUUAUUUGGCGUAGAAAGAAGUCAGUGAUUGAUUUCACAGGUUUUUAAUAAAUAUAACAUUUAGUUAAGUGGG